AUGUCUAAGAGCAUCGUGCCAACAGUGGAAUUUCUAUUCGACAUUCAAAGCCCUUGGGCAUAUAUUGCGUCAACGCGUAUAUCGGCAAUAGCUAGAAGAACUCGUGCAAAAAUACUAUGGACACCAGUUUCACUGAGAGAAACUAAGGCGCCUAAGCCUAGGGCAGCAUUCGCAUAUUCUCAACUUGACCUUAAACGAGCCUUGUAUCGAAAUAAUUUGAAAGUAAUCUUUCAUCCAAAUAAUCCUGUCGAGAGUUUAGACGCUCUUCGACUUUUACACGCGACACCAAAUACACAUCGCGAACAGCUAGCACACGCACUUUAUCAUUCUUAUUGGAUAAAAAAUGACGAUAUAAGUGAUCGUGAGUUCCUUCUCGCGAUUGCAAAAGAAUUAAAUAUUCCAUCUGAAUAUCCACUUGAUACCUCGAUAUUUACAAACCCGACAAUUCAAGAACGACUUCGAGAAGCAACUCAAAGAGCCGAAGCUCUUAAUGCUCCAGAUGUUCCCUCGUUUGUAAUAAACAAUUAUCAGAAUAGUGGAAUGGAUCGAUUAUUCUGUGGUCAAGAUCGACUGCAUUUUGUGGAACUGGCGUUGGAGCAAGCUUCGCGUGGUGUAAAUUCUUUCAAAGGGUUUGAUAAUAUUGUAAAUUAUUAUCCGAGGUGUGUUAAGCGUGGUACAAAGAGUGAUAGAGAAAGAACUUUGAAAUUUUGGUUUGAUUUCGCAUCACCGUGGUCUUUUUUGGCGUAUACGCAGUUAGAGAGAAUUAGACGCGAGGCUGGUGAUAAAGUAAAAAUCGAGUAUAUGCCAUUCAUAUUAGGAGUAUUGUUUCGAGAGAUUGGAGUUGCAGAUAUUCCACUCUUAAAAAUGUCAAAGUCAAGACAAAAAUAUUGGCCGAUAGAUCUUCAGGAUUGGACGAAUUUCUGGAAUGUCGUUGAUUCGCAAUCGGAUCCAAAUCACAAACCAUUCUCAUUCAAGUGGGCUAAAGUUUUUCCGAUUAGAACUAUCACCGCAUUACGCGUUUUUCUGCUGGAACCGAAAACGAUUGAUUGUCUCUUUAAAGCAUCGUGGCAAGAUGAUAUUCCAAUAGGAACAUCCGAGGAAGUUCUCGCUGACGUAUUGAACAAAGGCGGAUUUGAUGGACCUGCAUUGAUUCAGGCCACAAAAAACAAUGUCAAUAAUGUUAAAGAUCGGUUACGCAAGAAUACUGAAUUAGCAGUGGAAAGAGGCUUAUUUGGCGCACCGAUUUUUCAAGUCGAUGAUGGACCAUUAAUAUGGGGCCAAGAUAGAAUUAAUGAGGUGGAGGAUUUACUUGCUGGGUGGAAAGAUGUUGAUCAAAAUGAUAAUGAAGUUUUUGCCAAAUUAUAG